CGGGUGCAAAGAUGGCGGAAGAGGAGAACCAGUUUGAAGAAUUUGAGCAAAUAGACUUUUUAAGAGAUCGACAUGUACGAUUCUUCCAGAGAACACUUCAGGUGUUACCCGAGAGAUACGCCUCGCUGGAAACAACCAGGUUAACUAUCAUAUUCUUUGCCCUCUCUGGUCUCGAUGUGCUGGAUGCCCUUGAUGUGAUUGAUAGGAACGUCAUGAUUGAAUGGAUCUACUCACUACAGGUUCUGCCCACAGAGGAUCAAUCUAACCUAAGUCGUUGUGGGUUUCGAGGAUCGUCACAUAUUGGAAUUCCUUACAGUACUAAGGGUCCAGGUGUGCUCCAUCCAUAUGACAGUGGCCAUGUAGCUAUGACCUACACUGGGCUGUGCUCGCUUCUAAUACUGGGAGACGACCUGAGCCGGGUUAACAAACAGGCCUGUCUGGCUGGUCUCAGAGCACUGCAGCUGGAGGACGGCAGUUUCUACGCAGUGCCAGAGGGAAGUGAAAAUGAUAUACGCUUUAUCUACUGUGCAGCCAGUAUUUGUUACAUGUUGGAUGACUGGUCAGGCAUGGACAUCCAGAAGGCCAUUGAGUACAUCAGAGGAAGUUUGUCAUACGACAGUGGGUUUGGCCAGGGAGCUGGACGAGAGUCACAUGGUGGCUGGACGUACUGCGCCAUAGCUUCUCUGUGCCUGAUGGGUCGGUUGGAGGAGGCGCUGAGUCAGCGGGAGCUGGACAGGAUCCGGCGCUGGUGUAUCAUGAGGCAGCAAAGCGGCUUCCACGGGCGCCCCAACAAGCCUGUAGACACAUGCUACUCCUUUUGGGUGGGGGCAACUCUAGAGCUUUUAGAUGUGUUCCAGUAUACCAACUUUGAUAAGAACAGGAGCUUCAUCCUGUCCACGCAGGAUCGGUUGGUGGGAGGAUUUGCCAAAUGGCCGGACAGCCACCCAGACCCUCUCCAUGCCUACUUAGGGCUGUGUGGUCUGUCUCUGAUCGGAGAGCCCAGUCUGAGGAAGGUCCACCCAGCUCUUAACAUCACCCAGAGAGCCUUUCAGCACCUCCAGCAGCUGCAGCAGACAUGGAGGAACAGCACUGGCAGCUGUAGCAGACAGCACUGAUAGCAGGAUGAUCCACACGUUUGCCUCUGAACAGGUUCUGGAACAUCUAACAGUAGUUACUCAGAGGCAGCUGGACUUUUGCUGUGUGUCUUGAAGAUGUUUGACUGCUCAUCUGAGAGGCCUUCUUAUUUCAGGAAUCAAGAAGGUUUUUUUUUUUUAAACUCCAGUUGCAAAGUAGUAACUUCCUCAUUUUAUGUUCAUCUAAGUCAACAUUUCUGUUAAGCAAUAUACGCCACACUUUUUUUUGUUGCCUUUUUAUUAGUAAACCAUAGUAAAUAACAAUACACAUUGUGAUUUGUGAUAUAGACAGACAUAAAUGAUGUGCCAGAAAGUCAAAAUUUGAGACUGGAGACUUGAAAAAAAAAUUCCAGAUGCCUCAGUUUUGCAAACCUUUUUAGAUCAUGAGAUUUUGGAAGCUUUGUGCUCCUCAGCCUCAUCAUCACAGUCAACACCAAAAUCUGCUGUAAACCACGUGCUAAGGAUGAAAACUAUUGACUGACUUCACAUGGUCAUAAACAUCCUCUAAGCAAACGUCAUUCACAGUCUGAGGAGGGCCGAGGGAACAUCUAAAUUAUCUUUUUAAAUGGUUGUGGAGUAACUGAAGCUGCUCAAGGUUUUAGAGCUGGCUGGUUAGAUUUAAUGACCAGCUAGGCUUUUGCAGAAUAAUUCUCUUAUAAAUUCUAUAUAAGAAAUAAAUAAGAUUGAUUGAUUUUCAUUUUUGUUCACAAACCAUAAUGAGCCCAGUGGUAAUUUUAGGAAGAAAUGUGGAAACUGUUGAGACUAGUAUUCAGGUUUUCUUUACAUUCCUCCAAUCUCAGACAAAAAAACAAUUCAAGGCACUGUACCUCAGACAGUAUAUAUAGUAUUUUUUUCUCUGCCUUCAUAACAUCUCCAUCCUUAAAAUGCACUUCACCCUCUUGAAAGCCUCGAGCUAUCCAUUCCCACAGGUGAUACUAGCCUGGCAGGUUUAUCCUCCUGAGUUUCUCACUUCAGUAUCCUCCAGUUUCACCACAGCAGGCUUUGUUCAGUGGUCAAGAGACAUUUAAAUGAUAAUACAACUGCUGGAGGCGGAGAAUUCACUGGAAAGGCAGCUAAGAGCCAACAGCCACCUCUGGCGUCAAAUAUAUGAUUGUUGAGAAGAAAAAAAAAAUCAAAAACGCCUAAAAAAAAGAAGAUUAAAAAAUAAAUUUAGCUACAGGCUUUUAUCAUGCCAGAUCACAGAAAAUAUAAUUCAUUGUUCAUAUUUCUCCAGAAGCUAACAGAAAACUAGAUUGGAGAAAAUCCCUUCUUCCCUUCAAGGGAGCAGCAGUCAGUUUUAGCAGCAGAUCUCAUCUCGAUAUCCCCGGACUCCUGAACCCUGAACUGAUCUGAGGUACCCUCCUUCACCAGCUUCCAUACUCCCUUCAAGGCACUAGCUGGUCUGAAAUCAAUAGGAGAAAGACAAGACAGUGGGAGCAUAACUUGGGGAAAUGUAUUCUUUUGAGCAGCAAUGGGGAAUUGACAUUAUUUUCAGAGCAGAAAAGGAUGCAGGAAAAAACAAAGAACAGUGAACGUGAGCAGAUUUUACUGAGAGUCAGGUUAUAGAAUCAACUGUUAUUCAACAUGCUGGUCACAUCUCUUUGUGUCCUAAAAUGUUGACCUCCACCAAGACUUGGCCAGGGUUUGUAAUCCGACCAUCUACCCUUGGAUUUUCUCAAGUCUCUGAAGUGCUACCCAUUGUCUGCACUAGAUGCCCACAGGCAUUAAAAUCCACUUGCAGCUCAUAGAAGCGACCUUCCAGCCUUCUUGCCCUUUGUAGCUGAGCUACAAAACUGGAAAGUCUAAAAUCCUAAUUAGAUCCUAAGCACUGAAAUUCAGAGCUGAGCUCAACUGGUCCCUCUUGUGCUCGCACUUAUCACAUCAGUGCUCUGAUUCCAAGCUCCACAGAUUCCUCCAGCCCCCUGCUGAAGCCACACCCUUUCAUUAUAAGAUCGCUGCCACGGUAAACACCUGCUCCCUGACAUGACAAGCGAGGAGGAGACAGUAUCACAGCAGGGCAGAAAUACAGUGGCCUGUCUGCAACAUGUUACCUGCGGGCGUCUAUUGUGUGUAGCCUCAUUUCUGACUGGGUAAAAAAAAAAAAAAAAAAAACAAUAAUAUUGCCUUGGUGCUUUUCUUUCCACCGCCUAAAACGAAGCUGUACCUGGCCUCGUCUCCUUUCCCGCCAAGUUGCCCUCUUUUUCAGACUUAGAAACCAGACCAGUCAGACAGCGGAAAGGAGAGAAGAGAGGAGGAGAAGUGAAUAAAUAAAUAAUUUGGUCCAUCUAUUAUUAAAAGUAAACUGUCAGAGGCUGGGAUCACCUCUCUGAACCCAGACCAAACCUCCAGUGUUAUGUAGCCUUGUUUUGAUGCAAAAACAAUGGCUUUUUUUUUUGCCGACUGCAUCUUACGCAGCUGUGUUAUUUUACACGACUGUUUUGCCUGAGACAAUAGGCUUUGCUUUCUGCCACAUCUGACUUCUCUCCUGCUACUGUUGUUUUUACAUACAUUUUGUUAGUUGACAUAAAAUAUAAUGUAAAUGACUUUGAUUGCUGCUGCUGCUGAAUUGAGCCUCAGACACAGGAAUAGCACGAUAAUGGAAGCUCAACUGAAAGAAAAUGGCUACUACUGCACCACCACUGUGAAGCCAGAUCAGUUGCAAUGGAAUGACCACGUUUCUCAUGCGUCUCUGAUGUGAUUUUUACUACUUCUGUGACCUCCUUCAGCUGGGUUCUGUCAGUACACAGGCCAAAUCACAUGGCAAGACCACUCACUCAGACUUGAAUCUGAAAUGUGCCUCACGUAGCGUUGUUCUGGGUCACUGCUCUCUGAAUGCUCUCUAACUUCUGAUUUCACUACAUGUACAGCAUGCUUAAAUUGGGCUUAGCUAGACUGUUUCUGUCAAAAACGGCACUGAAUAGAAAUGUUCUCUUGAGGGUGGGAGGGAGGAAGGGUGCAUCCUAAAUCCGUGUAAACAUUCAGGAGGUGGAGCAGGUACUCUGUAAACUCCCAUCUUCUGUUAUCCAGUCAAACGUACAAGUCGCUUUAACAUAAUCUGGCCCUAUCCCUUCUCUGUCUGAUUGAUAAUGUAUUUCCAGAAGGUGGAAAGAAUUCAUCAGAGCAGAACCCAUAAAUGCUUACUUGACUUUAAAAAGGAUGAAAGAUUGGAUGGAUGCAUCUGCCACUUACUGCAGAUGAAGGCUGCAUCUCAGCAGUUGUUAUAUUCAGUCUCCUGUUUUUUUGUUUUUUCUUUUUGGCCACGCUGCAGUCAGUGCUCUCGGUCCCCACCGCAUGAAUAGAGGGGACAGAGGCUUAACUCUUUACAGAAGGCUGCGGUGCAGGGUGUUUUGGAUGGUGCAGAGAUGUGACAGGAUUGUGAGAUGCAGCCAAAAUGCCACAUGUGGACGAUCAUGAACCAUUGCUCUAUCACCAACUAAUAUACAUAUUGUAAUAAUAAAUAAUGUAACAAUAAAUGUAAUGGAAUUUUUAUUUUUUCUAUGCUUUGUAGAAAUAUUGAGUGUAGAUAAAUAUGUAAAUGUCUAUAAAUAUGUUCUAUCGUGCAAGUGCUCAAUAUGAAAAUAUGUUUACAACUACGUCAGAGCGACAGAGCAAUUGGAUAUGCAAAUGUUCAUAUGUGAUGUAUUAUAGUACUUCAGCUUUGAAUUUGAGGACAGUAAUGUUGACUCUAGCUUUGCAGUGUAUACUGUAUUUAUGGUGAAUAAAAACACGUACUAACUUUUACAGUA